AUGACGGUCAUAAGUCUAGGUCUACUGUCAAAUUUUACACAGGCGCGAUAUGUCAUCCAUCUUUCAAACGGCAAGCGAUUAGUGUUGUUCCGUUUGCUGACCAUUGACAAGUCCCAGCAGAAGGCCAACGAGAGCCUCGAUGGAUGGUCUUACUACGCUAUGGAGGCCGAGUGCCCUCAUGCGGGAGGACCGAUGGCAGAAUCGAAUGUCGACAUUGAAGACUCGUCCUAUGUGGUGUCAUGCCCGUGGCAUGCAUACGACUUCAACGUAGAGACAGGCGAGUCUAGCGUAGGUAUUACUACGUGCACAUUUCCCAUUGAGAUUAGAAGAGAACAAGUGAUAUUGCGUUAUCCGCUUAAUGGUACCACAGGAAUAACACUUACAAAGCUAGACCCCGUCAGCGAGAAAGUGAAAUUCAAGCGCGAUAGGGAACUUGUGUCUGUCAAAGCUAGCGUUGGAGACGUAUCAAUUCCUGGUCAUCUAGAUGAAAAUACGACCGUGUGUGAUUGGGCAGUGCAUAUCCUGAAUACACCAAACCCGGAGAGGAAAAUCGAACUUGCGACUAAUUUGUUUUCCUGUUUUUCAUCGAAGGAAGCCUCCUCUUCUCCCAUGGAAUUGGGUAGAGGAACCGUCUCUCCUCCUGAUAACCCACCACGUGAGAAUUUGAUAGAGGUAAGCCCAUGGUCAGUGCCAAACAAAGGAAAAGGUGGCUCUACAAAGAGCAGAAUUUCGAUUCUACAUGCUCUUGCAAACAUAGAGCUAUGGGCAAUUGAUCUAGCCAUCGAUAUCUGCGUCCGAUUUGCAACUUUUCAAACCGAAGGAAAUGGCAAAAAAUUACCGCGGACCUUUUUCCAUGACUGGUUAAAGGUAGCCAGUGAUGAAGCAAAGCACUUUUCAUUGCUUCGGGCUAGGAUUGAAGAGAUGGGAUCUUAUUUUGGUGCCCUCCCCGUACACCAUGGCUUGUGGGCCUCAGCAUUGGAGACAGCUCAUGAUCUCAGAUCGCGAAUCAGUAUAAUCGCGUUAGUGCACGAGGCUCGUGGACUAGACGUCAAUCCAAUGACAAUUGAAAAGUUUCGCAAGGCAGGUGAUAUGGAAAGUGUGCCUGUGUUGGAGGUGAUUCAUAACGAUGAAAUUACCCAUGUCACCACCGGCCAUCGGUGGUUGACUUGGAUUUGCGAAGAGGAAGGAACCGAUCCUAUCCAAGUUUUUCGCAAUAAUGUCCAAAAACAUUUCCGAGGUUCAAUUAGAGGGCCAUUCAAUGACGACGCCCGGCUUCAGGCUGGCAUGGAUAGACGUUGGUACGAAACUCCCGACAGCAAUACUAGUAUGGUGGCUACGUCCUAG